GCCACAGAAACCAUUGGUUCAUAACUUAGAACGGCAAAGUUCUCGUUGUUGCUUACAGUUUUUCAUUCUGCUCUCUUUUUCGUUUCGACAACUGACCGUACAGCACGCCAAUGAAUCAAUUUACAGGUUCAAAUGUUCAAUCUGAAGCGUACAUGCAAAACUUUAUGAGUCUGCCUCCUGAAAUGCAGUCGAUGUCAGCAGCACAACAACAGCUACCUACGCAACAUCAACAGCUCAUGUCUCAGCAACCUCAGGCUUAUGGGCAACAAGCAGCAUCCACAAUGGCACAAAUGGCAGGCAACAUGCAAAGGCCUAUGAUGCAACCACAGCAGCAAGCACAACAGUUUCGACCUGCAAAUUUUGCGCAGCAACAGGCAUGGUUUGCUAAACAACAAAUGAUGCUCCAACAACAGCAACAGCAACAGCAACAGCAACAGCAACAACAACAACGAAAUACGAUGGAUGAACAGCGGAGACAGAUGCUUAUGAUGCAACAUCAACAGCAACUUCAAAUGCAAAAGUCCAUGUCGCCUGGAAGUGUUCCUCCCGGCGUCAGUGGUGCAGCCCCACCAGUCCAGUCACCAAGUACAUCCAUGACCCCUACAUCAGCGAUCAAUAAUCCAGUAACACCAAGUCCUGCCAUAAUGGCAAAUGGUCGCGACAAGUCGAAAUCAAACAAUGACAUUAAUGCGAAACGAGUGGAAACGAUUUUAAGUAUGAAUCAGGAAUUGAUCCGUUUAUGUGUCUUUCAACAACAAAGCCCUCAAGAGGCUGAUAUCUCUCCAUACCAAACACGGCUACAGUCUAACUUGACUUACCUCGCCACCAUGGCGGAUAUAUCCAUGAUCAAACCGGGGGAGGAACAAAAAACGCCCACACCUCCCGACUUAAAUCCAUUACCACCGCCCAAAUCUGACAUUGCCAAAAAGAUCCACGCUCUGUUAAACACUGCGCAAAUGCUAUUUAAGGAUGAACAAGAUUCAAAGUUAAAUAACGGCAAUAAUCCUCCCAGCUCACCUUUCUCUCAGAGUCGAAGCGUUCAGCAGUCGCCUGUUCAACAACAGCUGCAGCAAGCUAUAUCAACGCCACAACAACAACAGCAGCAUCAGCCGCAACAACGGGCCACCCCUCCAUCGCAGCCGCAGACUCCACGGCAACAACCGCAAACGCCACAACAACAACAGGCGCAACUUAUGCGUCAACAACAACAGACGCCUCCGCAACAACAAAACCAACCACCGCAGCAGCAGGCUCAUACGCCGCAAACAUCUGCUGCGCUACCGCAACAACAUCAAUCACCACAGCUCUCACAGCAACAACAAACGCCACAACAACAGCAACAAUUUUUCAACGGUGUUAAUAUGUCAAUGGCGGGUUCGCCUGCUACACGAAACGCCAUGAUGGACCCCCAAACCUUGCUCCAACAGCAGCAGCAAGAUCAGAUGAUGCAACAGCGGUUAAGACAACAGCAACAUUUGCAACAACAACGACAGCGAAUGAUGAUACCAAUGGGCAUGGGUGGUGUAUCGGGUGCAGAUAUCAUGAUGAACAACAGUGGGUACAGCCCUGCUAACUCUGUAGUACCUUCCGGCUCACCCAUGUCUCAAUCACUCGAUGCACUAUCGCCCAGUAUGACAUCCACGCCCACAAGUAUGCCGACCGUCCCUGGCUCGAUGAACCCCAGCGACUUGAUGAUGAAUGCCAGUGCUGCUGGAAUGAUAAAUCCAGCCAUGGUCAUGAAUAACCCUGGACUCAAUAUGAUGGCAGCUGGCAUGUACAACGGAAGUGGCGGAGCAGGAGCUGGCGGUACUGGAGGAGGAGCAGGAGGAGGCGAAGAUAUGAGCAAUUUCCAGAAUGUAGUGAUGAUGAUGCAGCGGUUACAGCAGCAACAACAACAGCAGCAGCAGCAACAAAAAGAGUUCGAAGAUGCUUUUGCGAGCCGAUCCGGAUAAAAGAAAAGAAAAGGUUACGAAAACACACUCUCUUAUGUACAUCUUUGCAAAAGAAAAAAAAAAGACACACACACUUGGCAUAUUUCCCCUCACCCAUCAUGCGUGAUUCCCACUGUUUAUCUCAUUCUAUGGAAUGGAUCGUACUCAAUGUAUUAAACAUAAUUAAACAUGAAGAGUAGUUACUCG